AUGAGGGACGGACGCAGGCCUUUCUGCGCCCGCCUCGCGGAGGAGCAGGGAGCAGGUGCCACCUCUGACAGAGCCUUGUGCAGAGGACUGUGGAGUGAGAGAAGGCAGGAGGGGAGCCCUCGGCCCGCAGAUGCCGCUUCCCGGGUGAGGAGGCCUGCGGCCGCUGCCCAGGGAGAUCCACGAAAGGAGGAGUCAUCACCGGAAACAGAGCGGGACCCGCGUGGGGCCAGCCCCGUGCGUCGCGGUGGCCUCAAAGCACUUCCACGGUGGCAAGAAGCAGCACAAAGAAGUUCGGCCUCAGCUGCCGCGCAGAGUGACACUGCGGGUCUGUCCUCGGCGCCUGCAGGGCCACGGUGUGCGGGGCCGGCCCGCGGCGUCGGGGAGGCUCCGGGGACGGACUGGCCAUGGGCAGCGCCCGUGCCCACUGGUGGCCACAGGGGACGGAGCCACGGCGGAGAGCCCUGGGGGUCCGGACUGCUGGGCCGGCUGAGCGGGUCCGCAAAGGGGGGUUCCGAGGAUGAUCCGCCCCGUGCUUUCCUAGAGAAGCUGGACUCUGCGUUGGCACCCUCUUGCCUGCGAUCCAUCCUGCUGCACGCACAUCCCCUAAUAUUCUUGAAUGAUGAGACAAAAAGUGUUUUCCCUGGCCAUUCAGAGCCCAUGUUUUCAGAGCCAAGAGUAGAAUACAAGAAAAUGCUUUCAUGGGAAGAGAGUACCUCAGAUGAUCUGCAGAUAACUGUGGCGUCACUGGCUCCACAAGCUUUUGAAUGA